GCGGGAUUCGAUCCCGCAUUCUCAGGUGCGACAGACAACCGAUUCUGUUAUCGAGCUAUUCUUCCAUGUGACGUCACAAUACUGUUUUCUGCUUCUAGAAGAAUGUUUCGGCACGUACGCCAUCUGUCACUGUGCGGUAAAACCUGAAAGAGAAACGCAACAGAAAAGAAAGUGCGGCUGGCUUGAACAGAACGCGGCUCAGUUCACCGCAGUCUUCAACCGGAACGGACGUAUAGCGGCGAUCAACUGUUUUCAAUUGACGGUAGAAGAGCGUAAAGAGCUUUUGUCCAAAUGGCCUCGGGCCGGCGUUUCUAUCCAAGUUGACGUGUUUGUUAGCAGUCCAAAUCAGAACUAGCUUAUUUUUCCAAGCCAAAGAUUUGAUCCGAGCAUCCGUUAAUGGCUGCCAUUAACUGCUAGUUGUUCGUUCGCUACGGACCUCCACAGUUAAAAUAGAUCGGACAUGAGCCAUUGGCAGCUGAGAAUAGUACAGUGACAUCUGCUGGUCAUAUUGUGUUAUGCAGCGAUUUAAAGACUUUUUUUUUAAAAAUUUUUUUUAACAUUGAACCUUUUUAAAAGGUUACUACCAAAAUUAUGCACGAGACUAAAGAAUUGGUUUUUUUUUAAUCAGAAUAAUUGGAUUGUUUUUUGUAAAAAUACCAUACUAUAAAUUAGUGAUUUUACAGAAGGAAAACAAAUGAAGUAGCGGGGAAAAGCACCUUACCCUGUCAUUUGACACAUACGCUCAAAGGGUGAUAUGAGUAAGACCGCACCUCCUCAGGUAAACUGACACCUGGUUGCUAUGGAGACUCUAAAGCCAAGUCUAAUUGCGAGCACGCAUUGCAUUUUUUUUUCUUUUUAAGCAAGAGUCAGUGGUUUUUGGAGUGCAUUUGGAAAUCCCAAUACGGACCUCAACACUGCGAGCCCGGCCUCCGCGGAGGGACCGACAGACGGCCGCGCCGUGUUUCGGCAGCUGUGGUUCAUGGCGGCCGUGGCGGCCGGGGCCUUGUUGCUGAUGGCCGCCAUGUUAGGACUGGCCCUCCGCAAGGCGCUGAGGAAAGCCCCCUUGACCAGAGCGAGACCGCCCCUGGUGGCUCCGCGGCAGCCCGGCGCCAAUGCCGUUUAUCCGGCAAGCGACUCCGUUUUGUUCGACACGGCAGGCGUGGUCAGCAGCGUCACCCUCAAGUCUUUCACCAUGAAGACGGAGGAGGCGCCGGAGGCCAAAUGCCAGGAAGAAGUAGUCCGCGGGACUUCCUUGAGACGCAGCGUCAGCCGGGCGUCAGCGACCGAAGCGCGGGGCCAUGACAGCGGAAUGUUCAUGGACGACGAGGAGUUUGUGGACAGCGUGAAAGGGUUCAGCACGGUGAGAAAGGAGCACACCAUGUUCACCGACACAAACUUGUGAGGCGGGGGAGCUGGCAAGUGCCAAAAGUGGCCACAAGAUAGAAGCCGUUUUGUUUUCACUCUUGAGAAAUGCAUGCGGUUUUUGAGCAUUAAAGAUCCAAAAGAGUUUCAAGUUCCAAUUUCAUUUAUUUGAAAUGAGGUGCUACAAAACAUUAAAACCGUGACAGUGGACAAAAACAAACAAUAAAUUAUUAUACUGCAGUACCACCAUGUCGUAAACAUAAAAAUCCCUAGCGUUAAAAACAGGACUCCACUUCAUGUACAAAGAAUUUUUUUCGUCUUACUGUGUACAAAAUAUACAUCUCUAAAAUUGGACACAUUAAAUUGAUGCUUUUUUGGGUUUUAUUAUUAUU